UUUUUUCAAAAUCACUACCAGCUUUAUCAAUUGUAUACUUCCAUGGCUGAUGUUCCUAAGAGUUCGUUGAACCCUCAUGCACCUGAAUAUAUCCCUAUUACCAAUCCGCCACCGCCUCUUCCUACCGUCGAUUCACCGCCGCAAGAGAAUGUGGGACGAGGUCGCCAGCGUCGGAAUAUUCAUCCUACGUAUGUGCUUCUUCGACGGCAUCAAUCUCUACCGGUGAUGCUUCCAACGCGUCCAAUUUCGCCUGCGCUUCCACCGCUUCUUCCUCUUCCUACCGUCGAUUCACCACCGCAGGAGAAUGUGGGACGAGGUCGCCAGCGUCGGAGUAUUCCUCCUAAACUAGAAGGGCUGGAGAAACUGAAAGAAACUACUGUCAUGAUCAAGAAUAUCCCAUUUCAUUACAAUCGUGAAAAGUUGAUGCAAUUUCUAGACGAUUACUGCUUACUGGAGAAUCAAAAAGCGAGAGAUUCAAAUGAAGAAAAUAUUCAUGUCUUCGCUUAUGAUUUCUUGUAUUUGCCUAUGAAUUUCAAAAUGACGAGCAGCGCAGGCUAUGGAUUUGUGAAUUUCACCGAUCACAGAACUCUCUCAAAUUUUUUUGGGCAUUUUAGUGAGAGAGCAAAAGCGUAUCCAAAUUCUGCAAGGAGCGUUCAGAUGGUCAUUGCGAAGAUCCAGGGAAAAAAUGCUUUAGUGAACCGAUACAAGAAUACAAGAUUUGUGUGUGAAUCAGAAGAGUGUCUUCCAGUUCGGUUUAAUCCUCCAAGAAAUGGUUCUAGGGAAUCAGUGCAAGUGAUUACUGUGGGGAAAUUCGAAGUCAUUCCAGAUAUUCCGAUUGAUCGAUUUUAG